UAUCGGACCUUAACUUUCGAGAUUUCCUAUUGGAUUCCCAGAUUUCCUAUUGGAAACUAAAAUUCAUUUCAGAUAAGGGUCUAUGAUGGAUGAUUUUUUGAUGCGAGCUAUUUAUGACCACCAAGCUCCAGAAAGACCGAAUCACAAGUUUUAAAACAGUAUAACUUAAUAUAGUCAGAUUUUAUUUAAAUUAAUUAACUUGUACAAAUUUAUUCAAAGUGUUUGCCAGCUUAUUUUAGUUCCACAAAAGAAGUCCACGUUCUUUGUGAAUCUGCUUAUAGUUGCGAUAAGAAGAAGAGUGAACAAUUUUUUUAUGUACCGAUUUGUGUUGAUUUUCAAUUGGAAAUAAAUAAAAAGUUUGUAGAAAACUACAAAUACCUUGGUGGAAAAUGAGUUUAACAGGCGAGAAUGCACAAAUAGUGACUAAAGAAAAUGUAAACGAAAUGGAGGAGAUUGAUGAGGCAGAAGAGGAAGCAUUGCUAAAAUCGGAUGAUGAAUAUGAUGCAGUUCGCUCAAAAGUAAAACCUGAAAUGAGUACCUUGGCUCCUCCGUCAGCUAUGCUUACCGAUGAAGAUUCUCUUAUGAAUGAAGCAGCACAGUUACAAGACGAGACGGUUGGUAUGGACGAUGGUGGUUUAAGUGAUGAGGACAUAGUAUUAGCUGAACAACGUGAAACAUCCAAUCGAGCGGUUAAUGAUGACUUUAAUGACAAUAGUGACGAUGAUGAUAUGGACGAGGCGGAAAAAGCACUUUUGGAAUACAAAAAUAUAAUCAAAGAGCUGGAUAUAAAUCAAUACGUCUACGAGAAAUAUAUUCAACUUUGUAGGCUAGCGCAUGCCACAGACGACUUGGAUAUUAUAAGGGAGGCAUAUAGCCGAUUUUCCGCUGUAUAUCCAUUAUCACAAGAGUUAUGGUUAAAGUAUUUAAGCAUUGAAAUGAAUGUUGCAUUGUCGCCGAAAGAAGUUGAAUUUGUUGAGACGCUCUUUCGUAAAGCGUUGGCCGACUAUUAUUCAACUGCUAUUGCUGUAGAGUUCGCUGCAUUAGCUCCACGCUGUGCAGAACCAGACAAAAUAUGGCAAGAAUUAUUAGGUACCUAUGGCCUACAUUGUCUUGAUGGUCAACAAUUUUUUAAACUAUAUAGAGAGUACGUGGCAUCGCAUGGUACCAUGAGCGCGGAGUCAAAGCAAGAAGCAUAUAUAAAGAGUUAUCUGCAAGAAUUAAAAUAUCCGCUCUUUAACAUGGAAGAAAGCUACAUUGAGUUCAAAGUAUUUUAUGAAAAGAAUAAAGGGCAGAUAACAACACAUGAAAUAAGUUGGGAGCUGUUGGAUCAAAACUACUUUAAAGCCAAGGAGCAUCAGCACAAAAUACUACCGUUCGAACAGAAUCUGAAGGAGUUGGAUUUGAAGUCUUAUCGGGAACGCGCUGAAAUCUACAUAAACUACAUAAAGGAAUCGGAUAAAUUUCUUGAUGAAAAUGUAUUGCAAACAGUUUAUGAACGCAUGGUGGCAGAUUGCUGCUUAAAUAUUGACUGUUGGCUCACAUAUAUUGAUUUCAUAAUGUACCGUGAUGCCUAUGGGCGGCCAGAAGAGUUACAAGACUUACCAAUUUUUCAACAAACCGCCGUGGAUGUCAAUAAACGGGCAUUGCGCAAUUGUACUUGGUCGGAGAAGUUAUAUGUGAAAUAUAUGCUACUGCUGGAACAGUUAGGUAAAUCAAGAGAGGAUGUACAAGAAGUCUUGGAAAGCGCUAUGACAGCUGGUUUUCAAAGCGCCGAACCGGCGGUGGCUGUGUGGAUGGAAUAUUUAACAUAUUUGCGACGCCAUUUAGACUUUGAAAAUGAAAACGAGUGUGAUAUUCUACGUAAAAAUUUCAAUUUAGCAUGGACCAUACUCGGCCAGCAGUGGGGUGUCUUAGCAGAUUGUAAUUGUGAAAUAUUGUUAUUUUGGGGGCGCUUAGAAUAUGGCCCAUUACGCGAUGCUAAACGUGGAAAAGAAUUAUGGACCACAGCAAUGGAAAGUGCCGAUAACGCAACUCGUUCGGGUCUGUGGAUAGAAUUUGCACAAUUAGAGCUCCGUUCUGAUCUAGAAUCAGCGAGAAAAUUGUACCGCAAAGCUCUACAUUCACCCGGUCUUGAUAAUGCUCUAGUCAUUGUUUCGGCUUGGGAACGCUUCGAGCGUUGUAAUGGCACACCAAAAACGCUUAGCAACUGUACGAAAGAAUGUGCCGAAUUCCUCAGCCAGCAUCGCACGGAAAAGUCGACAUUUAAAUCUGAUACAAAUGUAAUACCGAAAAGUAAUAAAGGCACAAAAAGGAAGGCCACGGUGGCGACGGAUUCGGCUGUGCCAGGAAAGAAAUUGAAAGCAGAGUUACUAAAGAAAGAUGCUCAUCCAAGUGGCAAAGAUGGUGUCGGAAUUGGCGAUGUACCUAAAUCCAAACGAGUUGAAAGUGCCGCCUUUAAGGAACACGAAAACCAAGAAAUUGAUUUGGCCAAGGAUCACUUACGCAUAUUCCUUAGUAAUUUAGAUUACAGUUUAACUGAAGAUGAUAUACGGACGAAUUUGCCCGAACUGAAAAUUGUAAAUGUAACACUCAUACGAUCAGGCAAUGGCAAGAGUCGAGGUUUUGGCUAUGCAGAACUAGUAAAUGAGGCAGAAGUCGAAAAGGCUUUAGCAAUGGAUAGAAUAUCAUUAAAGGGUCGACCCUUGUACAUAUCCAGUGUUUUGCGAGACAAAGAGAAACGGCAGAAAUUUAAAUAUUCCGAUGACUUAGAGCCAAAGAAGCUUUUCGUGAAAAGCCUGCCCCAUGACACCACAAAGGAAGAAUUAGAAGAAAUUUUCGGGGCUUUUGGAAAACUGCAAGAUGUGCGUUUGGUGUAUCAUAAAAGUGGUAAAUUCAAGAAUAUCGCCUAUGUCGAGUUUCAAGACGAAUCAGCAGCAGGCAAGGCUGUGCUUGGUGUAGACCAACUAGAACUGCGUUCACACACGAUUUCGGUUGCGAUUUCGGCGCCACCGCCCAAGCCUUGCUCUGCACCUAUAAAUCCUAGUAAGUUACUUGGUAUUAGCACUAAAAGAAGCAAACCGUUCGAGCAGAAACCACGCAUGUCACUUAUACCAACAGUGGUGCGCAAACAAUUAACCACAUCCACCAAUGAUGUGAGCAGUAAGCCAACUAAUGGCGCAGCGCCAACAAAAACAAAUGAAGAUUUUAGAAAGCUACUACAAAAAUAAGAUGAUUCCUAUUGUAUGUCUUUAAAUAGAAUUUUGCAUGAACAUUAUGCAUAAUUAGCAAACAAUAUUCGUGUAGCGUGUGAAACAUGUUGGUAUACAAUCCAUGGAUCCGUGACCCGUAAUACUGUAUACCCGUAGUACUACUCGUUUGCUAUAUUGUGCGAUUCAUAAUUUUAGAUUAACUGUUUAAAAGCAAUAACAUUGUAUUUAUUUUGUCCUUACUUCCAUGAUAUGAAAUAAAUGGAAAUACGUAUAUUUUUUGUAUGAA